AUGUUGUCAAUUAAAUCUUUAUUGGCUGACUCCGAGUAUCUUGUGAGGUUGGCUCCACAGGAAUCGCAGGACUUACUCAGGGCCAAAUCAACCAAUACCAUCACCAAUUUCGUCCAUCCGGCUUGGAAGAAGAAUAACCCACAAUACGGACUCUUUUGCAAGACGAAAAGGUUCCUGAGGGACAAUGAUGACAUCGUCAUAACGAUGGCAGAUAAGGGCAAUGUCACGAUGGCCAUCACAAAACAACAAUAUGAAGAGAAGCUCUUGAAUAUCAUCGAGGACACCAACGUUUACAAGAAAUUAAACUCAGACCCCACAUCGAAGUAUCAGACAAAGAACAACAACCUUGUCAAGGAUCUCAAAGACCAAGCAUACAUCGGUGCCACCACGGCGAGACAAUUGAAUAACUACAAAGGCAUUUCCCCCACUAUCUACGGUCUACCAAAGAUCCAUAAAGAGGGAACUCCUCUCAGACCUAUCGUCUCCACCAUUAAAUCUCCAACAAGUGAACUCAGCAAGUUUGUUGCCGACAUCCUCAAUCUUUUCACCAAUAUUUCUUGGGAGUUGACGGAGAAGAUAAUAGUGGACAAUUGGAGUAAGAUUGAGGCUGUCACGAAUAUUCCUAGGCCUGAAUUUAUUAACCUAUUGAAGUUCCUGUUCGAUUCCAACUAUUUCAAAUACAAAGGUGAAUUUUACUCUCAAAUCUUCGGGUGCCCGAUGGGCAGCAUCCUUAGCCCAACUUUGGCAGCUCUGGUGAUGACGGUGUUGAUCGGAUAUUGCCUUGGCAAACUAUCUUUCAUUCCAGCAUUCUUGUUCCAGUAUGUUGAUGACAUUAUAUUGGCCAUUCCUCCAAAUAUUAAAGAAGAACUCCUAAGGAUUUUCAACUCCUUCAACCCACACAUCCAAUUUACCAUAGAGGAGGAGAAAGACAGAUUUGUCCCAUUCCUAGACACCAAAGUGAUACGUUCAGAGGACAACACAGUCAAGCUGGAUUGGUACAGAAAACCGACCAGCUCAGGAAGACAGAGUGCUCUGAAGAAACUAUAUGACAUCCUGAAAGAUAAUGGAUACCCCCAUGGCCUGCUGAAGAAGUUGAUAUUCUCGACGUCCAAUCGACGGAUUUCACCUGAUCCUCCUGAACAUCCUCCUGUUACACUGCCUGAACAAAGACAGGACAGGACGCUCCCCACGAGAGCUCACAUAUAUAACGUUUUCCUCAAUAAAUUUCUCUUCACCAAUCUCAAAGACAGAGCGGACGUUCUCUCUAACUCUGAUUGUGUCUACUCGGUGAGAUGUUUGGACUGUGAUGGGGUCUACAUCGGACAAACCUCCCAAUCCCUAAAAAGAAGAUUCGCGGUUCAUAAAAGCGACGUCAGACUACACCCUGACAGAUGUGCCCUUGCUUUGCAUGCUGCGAGAGCUGGUCACGUUUUCGAUUUCGACAAUCCGAAGAUACUGUAUUCUGGCUCAAAUAACACCAAUGAUGAUAUUCUCAUCUCUCUCAUGACGGAGGAAAGGUCGAGCAGGGUAUACACCAGUUUGUCGGAAAGCAGCGUACUUGAAAAACCUCCUAUGUACACGCUCACGCAGAUUUAA